AUGGCUGAGAGCGAACAAGCCGGUAGAACGGUCGUUUUGGGAGUGGAUGCUAGUGAACACAGCGAAAGAGCAUUUGACUGUAAGUGAAAAGUGUUAAAAUAGCUACAUCCAUUGUACGUUGUACAUGGUGACCACCCACCCUCGAUUCCUCGAUCUUAUAAACGUAAAAUCCAGUUUAAGGUGGCAAGAUUUAGCAAUACUCCAAACAGAAAAUGUCGAAAUUUAUUUUCUUUGUAAAUUCAAUCAUUGAAUGGCGAUUGUCAAUGAUCUAAAAUUAUGGCUGCUCCUACUUCAGUCGCUUUGUGUGAAUUUUCGUGCAAUGGCGUUUGUGACAAACUUCAAAUGAAAAUAAGCCCAAUUCUUUUCUUCGUGGGUAUUGUUUUGUGUUUCUAUUUGGGUCCAGAACUUGGGAGAUAAAAACACCGCUAAUGUAGACCAUUGCAUAAGUCGUGUCAACGAACACGCUUUCACGGGUCCAGCGAACAACUUAAUUAAGGCUUGUGCAGCAGGGGGUUAUGAAUGGAUAAACCAUAGAUUUGAGAUAUUUUUUAGCCCAAAUAUUGUUGACGUGGUGUACCUACGAUAGGAGGUUUUUAGUUUUAAUUUUGAAUCAUCGAUUACAAUUGUAGCGUUUGUUGAUGUUUAGCAUGCAAAUAAACUUAAUUAAAAAUAUUUAUGAGGAAAAUUCUUGUGGAUGUGUCUUAUCAUGUGACAUAAUGAUGAAUAGGAUUGGCUUAUAUAUGCUUACAUUGAAUUGAAAAUGUGCAUAUUUUGUUUUCAGGGUAUGUCAAGAAUAUAUACAAAGAAACUGACAAAAUAUUGGUUAUCCAUGCUCAAGAAUACCCAACUAUUCCUGCUGCACCUUACCCCUGUAAGUAUUUCAUAAAGCGAAAAAGAACGUAAGAAGAAAAAGCUAAAAAUAGUGGCAUGUACAGCAGAUGACCAGGUGCUCACCCAGCUGAGAAAACUGAAAAAAUGGACCCAAUAGUUUUCCCCAAUCCCACCAUGUCAACCCAACCUCACUUGCUCAACCGUCAAACUCUUGAAGUCUUUGUCAGGUAGCCAGUGGCGAUCUGGAACAUGUUUUUUUUUUUUUAACAAAUAACACGACACAUAUUUCUACAUGGUUUGAACAUCCCUGCCCGAUUUAGCGAAACUUAAUGUUGCACAUAUUACCAUGAGGUACGGCAUACUUAAAACUAGAGGUUAUCGUUGAUUAUGGAUUCAUGUUUGUCACUUACAGAAACGAAAUUGAGUCAAGAGGGGUCCAGUUUCCCGGCAGAGAUGCCCCUUAUAAAAUCAAUAGGGGCGGCUAAUCAGCAGUCACCUCUGAUAGCUCGAAAAUUUCUGCCUUUAUGCCACAGGAACACCAGAUAAGGAUGCAUUCUGACAAAUGCAAAUAUAUUUAUCUAGUAUAUACUAAAACGGUGGAUAGUGUUUUUCGCGCGCUCUGAUUGGCUACUCAAUCAGUGAAUAUCCUGCACUAUUCACUGAUUCACCUCCAGUUCCUCCGAGCGAGCGACGCCAAACUCGCGUAGGUUGCGAGCAAAAUGCUUUCCCAGUUUGCUGCCGUAACAAACUAAGAAAUUUCACAACUAAUCAAGCAAGCUAUUUCCGAAAUACAUGAAGAAGGUGACGAAGUUCAGUUUGGAAGUUUUAACAGGUAAAACUUUGUCUUUUGACUUGAAUAGUUAUCGAUAAAACCGGUGAAAAAGUUUUUUGUUUACAAAUGCAACUUAAGCUUAAGUCUUGCGUUACCUUAUUUAGUUGACUUGUUCAUAAAUAAGCUUAAAACUAAAUUUAAUAAUCUUUUUUACAGAAGAAACUUCCCCUCAAGAGCUAAACAAAUGCCUUCAAAAGUUUUAUUUGUUGCUAAGAAAAAGUGACGACCACGGCCGUUUGGUCAUCGCACGCCAAAAUUGUAAUAGUUGGCAAUAGUAAAUGAGUUAAAAAUCAUCAUUUUGUGCUCAAUUAUCUCACUGUUUUAGUAUAUACUAAAACAAUUAUUCACCUCAGUGUCGGUGGCUAGUAGUUGAUAUUUACCUCGCCGCUUCGCGGCCUCGGUAAAUAUCCAAUACUAGCCACCUCCACUUUGGUGAAUAAUUGUUAUUUAUUCCUUCAAAAUAUUUUUCUCUUUCAUAAUCAGCUAGCAGUUACUAAAUUUUGUAAGACAGUUGCGAUAACUGGUAAAAUGUUUUCAAUACGACACGCUUUCAUAAGAAAAAGGGAUGGCAUCAAAGAAAACAUGGGGAGAAGGUUGCAUUAGCCCAGUUGGUUUUGUAUAGGGAUAGAGAAAAUGGCAGAAAAUUCCAUGUUUUGUGGAGAAGAAGUAACCAAACUAUUUAACUGUCAUUUGUUGAGCCUUUAAGCCCUAAAUAUCAAAAUGCAAGGUUUCAUUUGUUGUCUUGAUAAUGCUGUUUUUGGUGUUUCUGUCCAUCUUCCCCUACCCUUGAAGUAUAACCAACAUUUGAACAUGUUUUACAUGCUUUCAGAUGGCUAUGCAUAUUAUGAAGAAUGGCAGAAUUUGGUGGAAAAAAGUGAUAAACAAGUCAAGGAACUGUUGGAGUGUUUUGGAACAAAGUGCAAACGCUUAAAGGAACGGGAAAAGGUAUUUGAAAGUGGUUUCUUAUGAACAGUUAGCACAUGUACAUUGACAGUGAGAUUUAAUUGACUUUUUUUGUCUUUUUUUUUAGCAAGAGUUCAAAUUGUACAAGGAAGAAAGCAACAGGCCUGGGGAAGUUAUUUGUAAACUGGCAGAAGACGAAGAGGCGAACCUGAUUGUAAUGGGUUCUCGUGGUAUGGGAACCUUGCGCCGUACUUUUCUUGGCAGUGUUAGCGAUUACUGUGUGCAUCACGCUCAUAUCCCGGUUGUGGUUGUUCCACCUCCAAAUCGUCAUGACGACCAUACCAAAUCAAGUUAA